CUUUGUGACGUCAUCAACUACAGGAAGUGAAUAAACUUCCAUUGAUAUUUGACAGUUCUACGCCAAGUUGUUUUCUUUGUCUUAAGGAAAUGAAUUGAUACAUUUGAAGGAGUUGAAAGGCAUGAAAGAUUAUUUAAAAGGGGAAUAUACCGGAAGGUCAAGUUCGAAUAUGGGUCACCUGGGUAAAAAACUAGGUUACACUGCUCAAAUAUGGACAAUCCUAGUUAACACUCUAGUGGUCACAUUUUUGACUCACCUGUCAUGAAACUUGGUCAGAAUGCUUGUCAGGUAAUUCGGAUGAGUUCGAUGGGUCAGGGUGUGUCUAUUUGCAUGGAAUGUGUUCAAGUAUAAAUGGGGAAUUGUUUGACUUGCUGUAAGGCCAAGGACGUUGCUCGAACAACGCGCUAUGCUGGUGAAAACAACUCAAUCCCCUUAAGUACACGACAAGAACAGACUGAACCACUACAUAUUGAAGAACAAAGAGCUCCAGAACAGGCUGUUCUUACAGCAAGAAAUAUCGUUAUUACUGAUAAAAAGAUGUUUAAUCCUUAUAAUAAAUUGCCUCCUAUCAAAAAGCAAUCCAACGGUGAUAGUAAAAGAAUGUCUUUGAUUUCACGUGAUUUCUCAGAAAACAAAGCUAAUGCUUUAUUUGAUAUGUACAAAGAUCCUGAUUGUGACUGUAUUCUAGCUGAAGGCGUGGAAAAAUUCUGUGAUGAUUUACAAGUGAGACCAGAUGAGUUUAUAGUUUUGGUUUUAGCAUGGAAGUUAAACGCAGAAACUAUGUGUGUUUUUACAAGAGAGCAGUUUGUUACUGGAUGUCAGAGUCUACGUGUGGACUCCAUCAAAGGAUUCCAGUCAAAAUUUUCAGAUCUGAUUUCAGAGGUGCAAAAUAAACAAAACUUUAAGGAAUUUUAUAAAUGGACAUACAAGUUUGGCUUGGAUCAUGAUUCAGGUCAGAGAACUUUACCGGUGGAUAUGGCCAUGAGCUUAUGGAAACUUGUGUUUUCUCAAAGAGAACCCAGAAUUUUACCGCGCUGGCUGAACUUUCUUCAGAAACAUCAGAAUAUACGCGGUGUGUCUAAAGACACAUGGGAUAUGUUUUUGAACUUUAUAGAGCAAGUUGGGGAGGAUUUAACUAGUUAUGAUGACACAGAAGCAUGGCCUAGCCUGCUCGAUGACUUUGUUGAAUACGAGAAUGACUGUCAGAAUCAGAAUGUUGAGAGUGACAUGCAUUUUAACUGAAGAUAGUUUUUUACAAAUCAGCAUGUAAGGGCCCAUUUUUAAACAAAGUUGAUUUGUUAAUAGCUCUACAUUAAUAGUUUGCCACUUUAUAAAAGUUAAAAAGUAAUAAGAUUAAGGAAAUUCAUACUUCUAGAAACGAAACCUUUAGAAAUAAGUUUAAUCCUUUUUUCAGCAUUUUUUAAAUGGGAUUUUAGAUCUAAAUAUUGAUUGAUAUAAGCCCUUGAAUAGUCACCAAGGUGUUGAAUCAUCUUUUGAUUACCUAACUAAUAUGUGUCAUUGUGUGACAGAGUUGCAGUUUACGCACAGUGAUCUCUUUUACAUUAUUAUUGUUCUAUCAUGAAGUUCACAAUUACACACAGUGAUUAUUUUGCACGAUAACACCAUACUGCAUUGGUCAUCAAGUAUUUG